AUGCCUCUAUCUAAUGGCCCAACACAGCAAUCGCAUUUAUCUCACGCCUUGAAAUCCGAGAGCGCCAUUUCCACUGCAAAUUCGCAGAAGGAAGCAUUAAGUGCCGCGAUCAAUGCCGUGGAGCAUUAUAUGAAAGCCUUACGCCUGGCCCCACGAUUGGCGAUCGGUCGCCCGUCGCAGCACCCGCGAACCGCUCCUCCCGCCUCCAGGCGGAAGCUCACCACCCGGGAGGAAAUCAUUCUCCUGGAAGGUGCGAAACUAAAUGGCUUCAAGUUCCAUCCUUGGGAGCGCCCGCCUACUGCGGCUGAUUUUAUCGAGGAAGACCAACCUUUUCUAGACAAGCCGGAUCUGGAGCUAUCGGGUGUCCAAGAUGACAUAUUUGCGGGGUGGAAGCGACCCCGCGAACUCCUGCAGGCACGGAAUGAGAUAGAGCAGACGACAACGGCGACUAGCCCGGUUAUGUCGGUAGCAAACACCACUGACCUUGUACAAGAUGUCUUGACGGAUUGCUCGGUAGUUGCUAGUCUCUGUGCAAUAACAUCUCGAUCGGAGCGUGGUCGAGGCACGGACGCUUCACCAGCGAUAUACCCAUGUGACGGGAAUACAGGAGAGCCUGUGCUUUCACCUUCUGGGAAGUAUAUCUUUUGCUUUUAUUUCAACGGAAGUUUCAGGAGGGUUAUAAUCGAUGACCGACUGCCUUCGUCAAAAACCAAGCGAUCUCUUCAUGUGAUAGACCGCAACAAUCCGAACUUCUUAUGGCCUGCUCUUGUGGAGAAGGCCUACUUGAAAGUCCGCGGUGGCUAUGAUUUCCCUGGAAGCAACUCGGGGACAGACCUCUGGGUCCUGACCGGAUGGAUUCCGGAACAAGUGUUUCUACAUCGCGAGGACGCAACACCUGAAGAGAUCUGGACGCGAAUGUAUCAGUCGUUCCUACGGGGAGAUGUGGUAUUGACAAUUGGGACGGGAAAAUUGACUGAUCUCGAAGAGCAAGGCCUGGGACUAGUGAGUGAACACGACUAUGCUAUUCUGGAUAUGAAAGAGAUCAAUGGCCGUGGACGUUUCUUACUCAAGAAUCCAUGGGCUGGAGCAGAGCCAACGAUCCAAAGCAAUCAUCUUGAAUCCGGCGAUGACUCUCAACCAUCUCUCGCGCCGGGGACGUUCUGGAUGAAUAGUGUGCAAGUCUGGCAAAACUUUGAAAAUCUCUACCUCAAUUGGAACCCGAGACUUUUCCAAUGUCGCGAGGACAUUCACUUCAACUGGGAUCUUUCUCAAGGCAAUGGCAUUCCCGGCUGCUUUCUCAGAAACCCGCAGUUUGCCGUCCAUAGUGAAUCUGGUGGCACUGUUUGGCUUUUGCUCGGAAAGCACUUCACAACCGAUCAACAUCAUCGCCUCAAAAGUCACGACCCGGAUGACGGAGGCCUAGGGUUCAUAAGUAUCUAUAUUUUCCAAGCAGAUGGGAAGAGAGUGACUUUGAAUGAUGGAGCACUGCACCGCGGACCAUAUGUGGACUCACCUAAUACCCUGAUGAGACUGGAAAUGGCACCUCGGACUACUCUGACUGCAGUUGUCUCGGAACAAUCACUGCCUUCGUCGAGUCAGAACUUCACGCUCUCGGCAUUCUCAAAUGCUCCCAUAGAAAUCUCCCCUUCAGAACACCAGUACAUGUGCCUUACUAAGGCCGCUGGCAGCUGGAGUGUGCUAACUGCCGGUGGGAAUUCUGAUUCUGCCCGAUACUCUGCCAACCCGCAGUUCAGCCUGCAAGUCUCCGAAACGACCGACGUGUCUAUUCUCCUCGAAUGCAAGGAGGUGGACCUUGCCACGCAUGUGAAGCUAUUCUGGUCCAACGGCCAACGUGUCUCCCGCGUACGGAAUCGGGAUAUGAUUGCUGACAGCGGCGACUAUCGCCGAGGAUGCGCACUCGCCGAGAAAAAGGCGUUGGACCAAGGCAUCUACACUAUAGUUUGCUCCACUUUUGCUCCCGACCAGCUCGGCAGCUUCACGCUCUGGAUAUCGUCCACCGUACCCUGUGCGGUCAAGCAAUUGUCGCCGGAGAAUGCAGGCCGUCGCGUGACUUUAUCAAGAGUUGGGGUCCUCUUACCAGGCAAGGAUCGCAUGUUGGCUCCUUUGCAUGUGUCGCGACUCACGCGACUCAAGCUCAUUGCCAGGAACAGAUCAUCGACUAUCGGGUCUCGCGCGGUAGCCCCCUCGCCAGUACUAAUGACCGUAGAGCGGGGUCAGGGCCCAUAUAAAGAAACCCUAGCUAUUUCCGAAGAUGGAACCCACAGUGAUGCAGCAUCUGGCGUGCGUGUCGAGGAUUUUGAUUUGGGGCCUACUUCAGAGUCACGACAAAAAGUAUGGAUCGUGAUCGAAAGGAUUGGGGGCCCAGGUGGGCAAGUUGAGGACCAGCUUGAAGUAGAAGCGCUCGCCGAAGAGCGAGUCGAGAUUGGGGAAUGGCUUGUGGAGGAUGCAUGA